AUGAACCUGGAGCAGAAGCGACAGGCGCCCACAUCGAAGACAAAGUCCAGCGCCCCGGCGCCCAGAAGUGGAGACAGCAAGUGGACUAUCUAUCUGUCGUGGCUUUCAACCGAAGGUGGAGACAGCGAGUGGAGACCCAGGUCUUUCUAUCGCGGCCCUCAACAGAAGGUGGAGACAGCAAGUGGAGACCCAGGUGAAUUUGGGGUGAACAGAUUCAGUUUCACAGGAGAAUGUAACCACCCGGAAGCAGUGAUCAGGUCAUGUCAGGAGCCCGGUAAUCAGUUCCUCAUCGCUAACCAGAAGUUCACGAUCGCGUACAAGAAAUGUCCGGGCAUCAAGGAGAGUGUCGAGGGAGUGACGGAGUUCUCGUGCCUGGGCGACUGGCUGGACGGCAAGAACCACUACUUCGCGGUGGCCAACAACAAAGAGUCUCGCAAGGAAGAGAAAUACCGCUGCUUCAUCAGGAACAGGGAUGAUGAUCUCUACAUGGGCGCCUCCAUCACGCCCGAGUGUUCUGUGCUAGACACGCCCGAGAACAGUCCCGCCAGGUUCAGGAUGACGCCAGUGAAACACGACAACGUGCAGCCAAGUUGUCUGCUGCCACAAAACUUCACCGGUCAUUGGAUCAACACGGCGCACACGGAGGCCGACAUCAUCAUCAACCAGACACACAUCACAGAGAUCUCUUACCCUGACAUCGGCCGCUACAGGAAGACCGUCUAUGUCUGCAAGGAGCGACGUGACAAUCGCUUCAUGAUGGCUCGGCUUAAUAUUGAUGGAUGCCAGACGGACUUCGUGUGUUUCGACUUCAUCCCGCGACACCACAACGUGAUCAGGUUCCGCAAAGGCCUGGAGAUGAUCAUCGAGCAGUUCAGCACUGUCUGCUCCUACAUCCAGUUCAAGAGCGGCCGUGACUGGAGCUAUGACCUCCUGCUGGCCAAGGAUCCGGUCCCAGUUCAGUGUCCCGUCGCUGGGAUGUUCAACUUCUCCCAGUCCGGAGACGAGCUCCUGACGACGAGGCUGCUGGGAGGUCCCACGUCAGAGCCCUGGGACGGCAUCUACUGCAAGCAGAACAUCUCCGUGUUCUCCGUGUGCGACUUGGAGCAGAAGGAGAUCUGGAUUGAUGCUGUCAAGUGCAUCACCGUGAACGCUUACGGCCAGGAGGUCGACAUAUACACGCUGCCGGACUACAAGCUCAAAUGCAUCGGCUACUGGAAGGAGAACCUCAAGUCUUACCUCAUCACCUUCGAUGAGCGCGAUCCUGUCUCCCGGUACCGGUGCUGGGUAUACCAGCGAGCAGACCUGAACCGCAUCCUGCUGUCGCAGUCCGUAGGCCCCUCCUGUAACCUGCAGCAGACGGUGCACGCUCGCAGCAUCAGGGAGGGCGCCGCCGUGUCCCUGUCACUCGUCGAGUACGAGCGAGAGCAUGAUCGCUGCCCCAUGCGUUUCGACGACGGCGCUGACCCGUGGAAGGCUGACAAGACACAAGUGAUCGUCUUCAAUGUCCAGGCUGGAGCAGGGUCUGUGGGCUACAGUGCAGUGUUGCUGCUGCUUAGUGCUGCUGCUAUCCUGCUAUAGUGCUGCUG